AUGGCGGCCCCGGCGGGCAGCGGGGGCUCUGCGGUGUCAGUGCUGGCCCCGAACGGGCGGCGCCACACGGUGAAGGUGACGCCGAGCACAGUGCUACUGCAGGUCCUGGAGGACACGUGCCAUCGGCAGGACUUCAACCCCAACGAGUACGACCUGAAGUUUCAGAGGAAUGUGCUUGACCUCUCUCUCCAGUGGAGAUUCGCCAAUCUGCCCAAUAACGCCAAGCUGGAGAUGGUGCCCAUCUCCCGGAGCCGCGAGGGGCCCGAGAACAUGGUGCGCAUUGCUCUGCAGUUGGAUGAUGGCUCCAGGUUGCAAGACACUUUCUGCUCAGGCCAGACACUCUGGGAGCUUCUCUGCCGUUUUGCCCAGAUCAGGGAGUGUCUGGACCGGCCGUGUGAGGCCAGCCCCGUCUGCGUGUACAUGAGAGAUGAGGUGACCGGUAGAGCCGCCUUGCAGAGCACGACGCUGCAGUCACUGGGCCUCACCGGGGGCAGUGCCAUCAUCAGGUUUUCCAUGAAGAGACAUGAUUCCACUGGCAAGCAGGAGCCUGGGGUCUCCUGGAGCAAAAGCCCAGGAAGCCCGACUCCUUCCUUGUCGGCCGACCAGGCAGCCAGCAGCCCUCUGUUUCCCCUGAAUUCAGCGGAGCUCAGCCAGGGUGAUGUGAGCCAUCAGGAUGAGGCAGCGAGCCCAGGGGCUGGCCGCGUGGAUGGCCUGGGCCUGAAGCCUGUGGAUUCUCAGGCGAAGCAGAUCUCGAAGGAGCCCACACCAGCCCCCUUUGUUCCUUUCUCGGGUGGGGGACAGCGACUGGGGGGCCCCUCCGGGUCCGUGAGGCCUCUGAUGUCAUCUUCAGCCAAACUGCCAAAGUCCUUCUCCAGCCCUGCAGGCCCCUCCCAGCCAAAGAAGUCGAGGCCUGGCCAGGAGCCCCAGCCGGAGCCGGAGCUGCCAGUGGACCGAGACCCCGUGGUGUGCCACCCUGACCUGGAAGUGCUGCUCCAGGCCUGGCCUGCGGAGCUGCCUGACGAGUUCUUCGAAGUGACCGUGGAUGAUGUCAGAAGACGUUUGGCCCAGCUCAAGAGUGAACGGAAGCGCCUGGAAGAAGCCCCCUUGGUGACCAAGGCCUUCAGAGAGGCUCAGAUGAAGGAGAAGCUGCAGCGCUACCCUAAGGUGGUCUUGAGGGUCCUGUUUCCUGACCGCUACAUCCUGCAGGGCUUCUUCCGCCCCAGCGAGACCGUGGGGGAUUUGCGGGACUUCGUGAGGAGCCACCUGGGCAACCCCAAGCUGCCGUUCUACCUGUUCAUUGCUCCUCCAAAAACCAUCCUGGACGACCACACGCUGACCCUCUUUCAGGCAAACCUCUUCCCUGCUGCCCUUGUGCACUUUGGACCUGAGGAGCCAACAGGCAUCUACCUGGAGCCCACGCUGCUGGAACACACCGUUUCCCCGUCUGCAGCUGACGUGCUGGUGGCCAGGUCCAUGUCCAGGGCCGCUGGAACCCCACUCCCGCCACCAGCCCCUGACCCUGCGCCCGUUGAGUUGGAGCCAACUGCCGAAGAAGGGGCAGUGGGCCCCCCUGAGCCCAGCCCUGGGACGGCCCAGCCAGUGAAGAGGGGCCUGGGCAAGGUGCCCAAGUGGCUGAAGCUGCCAGGGAGGACACGAGUUCAGAGAGAAGGACCUCCAGGCAUCGCCUGCCUGGCUGCAUCUCAGGCUGGGCCCCCAGCCCUUGGCAGGAGAGGGGCGGACGCAGCCCCCACCCUGCGGUGGGACCGGGCAGGGCUGGCCUGGGGUUUCCCGCACCCCUGCCGGGCCGGUGGCACACCACACGGCAGCCCUGUGGCAGAGGCACCGUCCCAGGCGAGCAGCCACACGUGCGAGGGCUCCGAUUUCACAGCCUCUUGA